AUGGAUGGCGCGGGUAGCGAAAAAUUUAACAGAUUCCUUGACACAGUCCAGGAAAUAAAUAAUGGGAUAGAGGAGGCAGGCAGAAUAUACAUUGAGUACACUGCAGCACACGACUAUCUUGUGAGCAGAGGAGCCGAGUACAAGCAGCUAGUCAAAGAGCAAGCGGAAAUCACAGAAGCAUUUAACACGCAAGUGCUUGAUGUGACAAAGCAGAUAGAGCAGCUAUUGGAAAAGUCAAAGAGCUCACUCACCAAUCAGAAGCAGCACCAUAUUGAGGGGCUGACAGAAAGAACCAACAGAAUAAUCAAAGCAUUCUCAGCUGAAAAGCUGAAAAGACUCAGCAAAGAGCACGAACGGCUGAGGGAGCAGUAUUUAAUCGCAAAUCCAGAAGCAACCUCAGAAGAACUCGAGAAAAUAGCAAGCGGCCCAGCAGGAAAAGAGCUAAUAAAGAAUACCUUUGGCUCAAGUGACAGAAAAGCCAUGCAGAUCGAAGAUGCUCUGGAGAAGAACAAAAAUAUCACAAAACUACUUGAAGACAUAAAAGAGCUAGAAAUUCUAUCCCGGCAGCUGCAAAACACUCUUACAAUAUCAGGCACCUACCUAAAGCCAAUCCAAAACGCAUCCUAUCUCUCUAUAAAAAGAACUGAAGGUCUCAACCAAAACAUAGAAAGUAUGACAGUAAAAAGAAGAAGACGAAAGGGUCUCAAAUUGCUUAGCCUGUUGCUACUUUUUACCAUUGGGCUAAUUGUAGUUGGGUAUACCACAAAGAUAUUCAAGUUAUUUAAAUAA